AAACACAAGCAAAACAAACUUCUCAAAACCAUGAGUACCACCACCGGUAGCAAAAUGGUGAGAAUCCAGACCUCACGCCUCGUCAAGCCCUUGUACGACGACGACGUCGACGGCGGCAGCAUUCCGCCGCCGACUACCGAUUCCAUCCCGCUCAACAUCUUCGACAAGGUCACCUACAACACCCACAUGGCCGUGCUCUACGCCUACCGCCCGCCCACGCCCUCAAACGCCACCAUCGAACUAGCCCUCCGCAAGGUCCUGGCCACGUACAGAGUCAUGGCCGGCCAGCUGGCCGAGAACCAGAAGGGCAAUCCCGUCAUUCUGCUCAACGAUCACGGCGUCAAGUUCGUCGAGGCCGUCGUCCACGACAGCUUCGACAAGUUCCUGCCACUGGAGAUGUCACCAUUGCUGCUCGACUUCCACCCCGAGUUGAAUCAUGCAGAGGAAAUCACCCUGGUCCAGCUCACCCGGUUCGGUUGCGGGUCGCUCGUCCUCGGGUACUCGUCCCACCAUCACGUGGCCGAUGCGUUCUCGGCCAGUAAUUUCCUCGUGGCGUGGGGUCGGGCUGCUCGAGGGCUCGAGUUGGGAUCGGUUCCGUCGAUGGACCGGUCCAUAUUCUGGCCUCGAGUCCCGCCCGAGUUCGGGUUCGACCACAUCGGGGUCGAGUACAGGAAAACCAAAACCCUUUCCGGCCGGAUUGUGGAUCGCGACCGGUUUGCCGGUUCGGACAUCGUGAACCACAAGGUCCAUUUCACGCUUGACUUCAUUGCCAAGCUAAAGGCAAGAGCAUCUGCCGGGAGACCAAACGGCGUCGCUGCGUUUAGCACUUUCGUGAGCCUGGUGGCCCACUUGUGGCGGGCUAUAACCAAGGCCCGUGGGCUGAGCCCAAUCGAGACGACGUCGGUUCGGAUCUCCGUCAACGGGCGGACCCGGCUGAGUCUCGAUCCACCGGUCCCGUCGGAUUUCUACGGCAAUUUGGUCCUUUGGGCGUUUCCGACGGCGAGGGCGAAGGAGCUCGUGAGCAGGCCGACGGGUUACGCGGCGAAGAUAAUCCAAGACGCGAUUGUGCGCGUGGACGAUGCUUACUUCAAGUCGUUCAUCGACUUCGCGUCGCAGGAGGCGGCGGAGGGGGAGGAUGGGGAUCUGGUGCCGACGGCGGAUAUGGGGAAGGCGGCGCUGUGGCCGGAUUUGGAGGUGGACAGCUGGCUGAGGUUUCCUUUCUACGAAUUGGAUUUCGGCGGCGGGGGUCCGUUCAUAUUCAUGCCGUCGUAUUACCCGACGGAAGGGAUGAUGUUUCUGCUGCCUUCGUUCUUGGGGGAUGGGAGCGUGGACGCGGUGGUUCCGUUGUUCCGCCAGAAUUCGGCUGUUUUCAAACAAAUUUGCUAUUCCCUGGAUUAGAAUAGAGAAAUUUGAUGGGUAGUGUUGUGUGCGAAGGGAUGGCGUGAGAAUUGAUUACUGGAAUUUGGAUUCUGAAAUUUGCUGGUUUUGAUAAUCCUAUCAACUAGGGCUGUCAAUUUGGUUUGAUUUGAUUAACCAAACCAUUAAGUAUGGAAAACCAAUAAUCAAAUCCAGUAAACUCCAAAAAACCAAAACCAUUAACCAAUGAGAAAUUUUACAAUGCUAUAUAGUAUUGAUGCUAUAAGAUUUUACCUUUAUGGUACAACUUAAAAUUGUACAUUUACGUUGUGGUACAACUUCAGAUUGUACCUAUACUUUUUGUUCAAAUUCUUUUAUGGUACAAUUUGAACUUGUACCUUUAUGUUAUGGUACAACUUCAAGUUGUAAAGUUGUACCAUAACAUAAUGGUACAAAUUGCUUUAUGGUACAACCUAAACUUAUACAUUUAAUGUUAUGGUACAACUUUAAGUUGUACAUUAAAGCACCAAUACUAUAUAGCAUAGUAGAAGUGCUCUUAACCAAUAAGGGCCUUAACGAUUUUGGUUUGAAUAAUCACAAAACCAAAAUGUAUUCAUACACUUAGGGGUGUACAUAGGUCGAGUGGUUCGCACAUAUAUCUCAAAUCUAAUAGUUCGAACUUCACUCUUUCUCUAAGGACUUGCCGGUCAAUCUACAUAUGCUUGUUUCUCUCGUGAAACACAAAAUUUUCUACCAUGGGAUGGUGGAUUUGUUGUUGUAGUAUAUGAUAGUGGAAUGUAGAUGUGAAACAUUUAGGGGUCGUUUGGAUUGAGUAUUUGACAAACUUGUUGUUUGGGGCCAAUUACCACACAAAUACCACAUAAUAUAAAACUUGUUAUUUGGUAUGUGAUACUUGGUCUCAAACUUGUUAUUUGGCAAAUACCUGCCCCCUCCCAAGUAUUUGGCAAACAACACUUUUUGUGUUAUUUGGUCUCAAACCUGUUAUUUGGCAAAACACUACAUCCAAAUAACACAUCCCACAUUUUGUCAGCCAAACAUGUUGUUUGGAAUCAAAUAACAGAUGUUGUGUUAUUUGACCUCAAAUAACACCCCCAAAUACUCAAUCCAAACGAGCCAUUAGAUCUUUGAGAAAUUGAGUCAUCCAUUGCACUUCACAAGAUAACUGGAGUAGUACUUGUAUUCUGUUUCCAAUGAUGACUUUAUAACAAUCACUUGUUUCUUCAACUUUUCAUGUAAUCAAUGAGCUUUCAAGGAACAUACAAUACUCAAUAAUCGAUCUUCACGUCUUAGGCCAAGCCCCUUAAUCCAAGUCAUUGUAUCGUGUGAGUGAAAUUAAAGCACUCGUUGUGACCUCCAAACCCAUAAAGUAUUUCAGCUUUCCUAAAUCUCUUACUUGACUUGUGUGACAAAACUUUUCGGCUAAUUUUAUCAAAUUCUACAAUCACCUUCUAGGAUCAGAUCAUCAACAUAUACAAGCAUCAUUCUAGUUCAAUGAUAAGAUCUUUUGAUGACUAGGGAAUAGUCAUAAUAAGGCUAAGUGAAUCCAAAUUUGACUAGAGCUUCAGUUAGUUUGGCAAACCAUUUGUCCACUAGUUUGUUUAAGUCCAUAUAAGUAGUUCCUUAAUUUGCAAAUAUUAUGUGUCUUCAUGUUAGUAACUUCAUGUACGCAUCUUCUUCCAAAUCCAUAUGCAAGAAUUCAUUGCUUAUGCCCAUCUAGAUUAUAUGUCAAUUCUUCAUUGAUGCAAGUGUUAGUAUAACUCUUACAAUAUUGAUCUUGACGAAGUGUAUAAGAAAUCAGUAGCAUAGGCUUGGGUGAAGCCAUGAGCAUUGCCUUGUGUCUUUCAAUUGAUCCAUUUGCAUCGAGUAUGGUCUUGAAUAAUCAUUUACGACCCACUAGCUUUUACCUUGUGGUCAGCCCAAUAUAUCCCGGGUAUGAUA